CGGUGCAACGCGGCCGCAUCCCCCCGUCGCAGGGUAUGGGGAUGCCAGGACAGUUCAUGGCCAACGGCGACUCCCUCAACGGCCACACGUACCUCUCCUCCUACAUCUCCCUCCUCCUCCGCGCUGAGCCCUUCCCCACCUCCCCCUACGGCCAGUGCAUGAACGCCAACAACAUCAUGGGCGUCGACAACAUCUGUGAGCUGGCGUCGCGGCUGCUGUUCUCGGCGGUGGGCUGGGCCAAGAACAUCCCCUUCUUCCCGGAACUGCAGGUGACCGACCAGGUGGCGCUGCUGAGGCUCGUGUGGUCCGAGCUGUUCGUGCUCAACGCCUCGCAGUGCUCCAUGCCCCUGCACGUGGCGCCCCUGCUCGCCGCCGCGGGGCUGCACGCGUCCCCGAUGGCGGCCGACAGGGUGGUCGCCUUCAUGGACCACAUCCGCAUCUUCCAGGAGCAGGUCGAGAAGCUCAAGGCGCUGCACGUCGACUCGGCCGAGUACUCGUGCCUCAAGGCGAUCGUCCUCUUCACCUCAGACGCCUGCGGCCUGAGCGACCUGGCCCACAUCGAGGGCCUGCAGGAGAAGUCCCAGUGCGCCCUCGAGGAGUACUGCAGGACCCAGUACCCGAACCAGCCCACCCGCUUCGGCAAGCUCCUUCUUCGGCUCCCUUCGCUCCGGACGGUUUCCUCGUCCGUCAUCGAACAGCUGUUCUUCGUGAGGCUCGUCGGCAAGACGCCCAUUGAGACGCUCAUCAGGGACAUGCUGCUCUCCGGCUCGACCUUCAACUGGCCUUACAUGGGCAGCAUGUGACAGGCAGCUCUGGGCACGAAUCCCACCCUUCCUCCGGGGACCGUGCCCACGUCGGCUGCCUCUCACGCCCUCACCUCCGCCGCCCACGCCCUCACGUCCGUCGCCCACGGCCAGACCUCGGCGCACGCCCACACGCCCGUCUCCUCCUUCCAGCUGCCCACCCUCGCCACGGCCUUCCGGUGAUGAACCGCGGACGCCUCGCCGCCGCCGCCCAAGCUCCACCGCGCCCCCCGCCGCGGGCCCGCCCUCGCGCCCCUUCGCGCGCCCGCCCGCCCACACAACGACCGCAGAGGGCCUCGGAAGCCCCUCGCCAGGCUCGGUGGCUGGCUGUCGCCGCUGGCCGCCCCGCGCGACGGCGGCGGCGGCGGCGCGCCAAGGACGGGGAGGCGCGGUGGCGGCGGCGGGCCGUGGGGCGGCGGCGACCGACGGAGGGACGCCAGCGCCUCGCCGCACGAGCCCCCGAGAGGCCUGAGGAUCCUGUGAGGGGCGCGGCGGGAGGAGCGGGCGCGGCGGCCCUUCGCUGCGGCGGAAGGAGGGCGGCCGCGGGCGCCGCGCCGCGAGGGACGGCGCCGGCGAGUCCACGCGGAGGCGACGACGGAGCUCCGCUGCCCAAAAGACAACCAAGAAAGAAGUGAAAGAAGAAAGAAAAGCGACGCGAAGCUUGCGUUCAGAAACACAGCAAAACAGGUGUUGUAACGGAAAGGUGAAGGAGAGCGCCGCCGAGGCGAGAUCCGUGCGCGGUCAGCAGCAGAGGACAACCGACCCCCGUGGGUUUAGCGAAUCCGUUGAGGAAAACUGUGCAUAAACUACAAUGUACGCGUUACCUGUUCUUGUAUAUGUGAUAACCGGAGACUCCAGGACUUGGCCGCAGCGCGAGCGACGUCUCCGGUUGAAUCCAUGUAUAUUUUGUACAUAGUAAGUGAUAAGGUUUUAUACUCGGGCGCGCUGGCUGGGUUGACCGCCACCUCACUUGUACAGGAAACCUGAGCGUUUGAGAAAAAGUGCUCCCAGCGUCGCCCUCUUACUCUCCCCCUCUCCCCCUUCCCCCUCCCCCCUAAACUCUUAGAGGAGAAAGAAAGAAAAAAUACAGAUAUAACUUUCUUCUUUUUUAUAUAUUAAAAAAAAAAGAAUAUCAUUUUGUUGAGAAGGACGAUAAAGAAAAGACUUUUUUGGAGGAGGAGAAAGGUGAGGAGAUUCUUCCGGCCCUCCGCUCGUUCCCGGAGCCUCGUCCUCGGGGCCCGGCGCGAGGGGGGGGCUGCUCCGUCGGCCUCGGUCCCGGUUACGCAGGUUGGCCUCGGGUGUUGCGUCGCGCGCGCAAGGCCGAGGCCAAUCUCGGAUAUUUUUUCCUUUCGUGCUGACAGUUGUCUUAGCCCUCCCCCUCCCCACCCCUGUCCAGAUCAGAUUUUUUUUCCUUUUUUUUACUCUCUUUUGGUAUGCCGUGAUCGAGCGACGUGUUCACUUGCCAGAGAUGAGGAAGAGAUGUUUCAAGAUCGGGUUUUUGUGAUAUGUCAUGAAGCAAUAUGGAAUCUGUAUUUGAUUAGUUUUAUAACACGAAGAAGAAGAAGAAGCGAGGAGUGGCGUUCCAUCCGAGGCGGAGCCACCGCUCGGGAGCCAGGCGCCCGCCCCCACUCGCCACCGCCCCCCGCCCCCACCCCGGCCGCCUUGCAGUCCAGCCCUCAAGAGGUCUCCUGCCGCCGAGAUCUUGCAAGCUGUGAGGCGCUUCUGCAAGCCAGUCCCUGCUCGCGGGCGCCGGGACGAACUCCGAGGCGCGGGGGGCGGUCCACUGGCUAGUGGUGCGAACCUGCUAGCCGGCGAGGGACCGCCGCCCGUCGCCUCGCGUCUGGCCGCCAGCAGGCCCGCGGGCUGGCGCCGCUCGAGGCCCCUCGCCGCCGGGCCGCAGCGGGCGGGGGUCGACGAGCGGGCGGCGCUCCUGCGGCGCCUGGAGCCACCGGACCCACGGCCGCCGGGAGGCCCUCGGCGAGCCUCAGCAUGACGGAAAAGCCCUUCAGGUCCGAGGUCCGGCCGCCGCCGCCGCCGGAGCCCCGCGGGGCCAGCGCGCCCGCGGCGGCGUCCGAGGGCCCGGGGCGGCCCGCAGCCCUCGGCCGGCGGCCGCACUCCCACACGUGUACUGAAUGUUGUUUUGUUUGUCAAGUCUCGCCCGGGAGGGACCGGCCGCCGCUCCCGCCAAGCACCGGGCCUCCAAGUGUACAGGUGCCCAGUAAGUGUACAGGUGUACAGGUGCCGCCAACAAGUGUACAAAGAGGCACGGGCCGGGCUGCACGGGCGGACGGGCGCCCACGGCCCUCCCGCGCCGCCCUCACGCCCUCGAGUGGGCGGGGCCUGGGCGCCCGUCCCCUGGGCCGGCAGCGCCGCCCGUGCGAGCGUCCUAGGUGUGUGACAACCGUGACGUCAUCCAUGUUGUUUGUACCUUAGGCUACACAGGUGUCGUAGACACACAGUAUGUUUUCUCUUAAAUAAAUGAUCUCAAAAACUCUGUUGUCAA